ACUCGGUGUCCCAGCGCGCCGCGCGCCGGGGCGGCCGCGGCGGGGCGAGGCGGGAAAGGCGGGCGGCCGCUGGCAGGACGUGCGGGGUUCGUGCUGUGCCGGGGCUUGUACGAAGACGCACAAAGCCUGAUAGAGCAAGACCGGGAUGGAGGAGUCCAGUGGGGACCAUCCCAUCCGGAGAAAGUCGCGCUGUGAUCACGUCACCAUAGCAAACCAGGUGGAAAUGCUGAGAUCUUUGGUGGCUUUAACACCCUCAGGAGGGGAAGCUGACUCAUUCUCAAGAGAAACUGAACCAAGGUGCACAUUUACCAGCUCUGUAUCUGGUUGCCCAGCAAGUGGUAGUGUGAUCAUCAGUUGCCUCGGUUCUGCAGGGCUCCCUUGGAGCAAAUGGAAUCGGAUAUUCCAGCCACUACCAGAGGCACUAAACGCACUGGACAUUUGGGAAACCAUAUUUGCAGCUGUUCCUGGGUCUACACCAGUAACCUUGGUGGAGUGCCAGCCUGAAGAUGGGAGAUCAGGAGGCAGGUGAACCCUUUCUGGGGGUAGUGGCUGGUGGUGCUACAGACUACGAAGGGGUUCUGCCCUCAGACACGGUGUUGCUCAGCGAUUCUGAUUCCGAUGAUUUGGGCUUAGCAGAUGAAGCAGAAGUUGAUACGAUAUCUCCUGAGGAGCCAUCUGCAGAUGAUAGCGAUUACAGGUCAGGGGAGACCCUUGGCUCUUCAAGCAGCAGUCAUGGCUCUCCUGUCCAGCCCUUCCAUCUGAGGGGCAUGAGCUCCACAUUCUCUCUCCGUAGCCAGAGCAUUUUUGAUUGCCUGGAAGAUGCAGCCAAGUUGUCUGUGCCCUCGAUGUCUGAAGAUAAUGUUGUUGAUGGGAGAUUUAAGCGUCCAUUGCCUCCAACCACAGUCACAAGUAAGAUGGUUGCAGAAAGCCUGGGAAAGCAAACCAGACCGGUGCUGGCUCCCAAAACCUCUCCUGCAGUGCCUGACUAUGUGGCACACCCAGAGCGCUGGACUAAAUACAGCCUAGAUGGAGUUUCAGAGUCUAGUGACAAGACUAACAGGGCAGUGGCCAUGGAAUUUCUAGAGGAUUUGAAGAAAAGAAGGGAGGAAGGAAGCUCAGCUACCCAAGACAGCUACACCCCAUACUUUAACCAGGACUCUUCCAGCUGUGGAGCUGGGAGGAUUGUCUUCACCAAACCAGCAAAAAGGGGUGUUGAUGGACUGGAAAAGAAAACAUCAGCAGGGGAGGAUGAUAAGAAACGUGUGAAAACAGAUCUGAAAGGAAAAUCUCUUAAGAAGGCUGAUGACUUGCGGGAGGAAGAUAAAGUAGAGCUGGGGCACUUAGAUAGUGCAAGUGGAAGGGCAACAGAGGACGAGGAAGGUGUGAUGGCAGGGGACCUGAAUACAGCAAGGUUUAGUGGUGCAGGUGAAGAGCCAUCAGUGGAAACUGUUGGAUUCCAUUGCAAUAAGAAGAGGAAUAGGAAAAAUUUCAGACCUAAAGUAGAUGAUGAAGGGGAGGAGGAAGAGCCCUGAAGGAUGGAGCAUAUUGGAAACAUCUAAGGACUUGUGUUGUCUUUGGAUAUGUUUGGGGGUUUUAUUUACUUUUUUGUUCAGUCUGGAAACCAUACAAUAGCUUCUUGUAUAACAGUUUGUGUUGUCAUUUUAUGGUGUUAGAAAGGAAUCUACCUAAAAUACACUUCAGGCUUUUUGUUGUGAGAGGUCUGUGUGCACAGGGCAGCUGCACCCUAGCAGCAGAGAAUAAGGUGUGCUUUGUUGGCUGAGCAGCUCGCUGGGGCUGGCUCUGGAGCCGAAGUAGCCAAAAGAAAAGAUGUGUCAGCUAAAAGGAUGCAAGGCUUCCUACUGACCCACAAAUUUAGAGCUGUUCUCAGAUCUCGUAGAAUCUUGGAACAAAGAUGAUGAGCUCAUUAUGUAUAGAUUUUUAAAGCAUGGAAAUAAAACCUGGUCUUCCUCUAGAUGUGAUUUCUCUUGGUCCUCUCCCAAGGAGGAAUCUUUUUUUGGUUUUCCACAUCCUUCUGCCGUUGCCACUGAGCAGAAGCAUAACGGUGCCCCAUUGGGAGCCCCUUAUUUAGUGUCAUAUGGUAAAGAUUUUCAAACAUACAAUGUGUGCUGUGGAGAGGUGCAACUCUGGAUACGUCCUGGUCAAGACACAGGAUGACUUCAGCACAUCUCACCACAUUGAGCACAGGUUAGAAUUCACAACAGCUGGAGGUGUGAAGCUGGGCAGUAGCUUUUCCACUUUCUGGUAUGCUGUGGUGUGACAAUACUUGGCCUGCACCUUUCUAUAUCCUUUCCAUGUGGCACUGCUUCCAUGUGUAUUCUCUGUGUAAUUUGGUGGGAAUGAGGUGUUUAUACCAGAACUGAAUAAGUUGGGGUUUUUUUACUGGGAUUCAAUAAACUCUCAGUUUUAGCUCAGUGUCUUCAUGUUGAACCUGGAGCUGAUUGAUGCACCUAUUGAAGUUUGAACAAAUACUCGGUUUAUUUGAUUUGAGAAUUGACUUGAAAAUCUUCUAGAAUGUUACUCCAAGCUUACUCUCUUGUGACUUCUCCCUUAAGUCUUAGAUUCUAAAAUUAACGCUUCUAGAAUUUUGAAUUGUUUUAAAAUAUGCAGAGAAUCACCUCAUAGGAUGAAUCACCUCAUCCCAUGAAUCACAUUGUAGUGAAUGUCAAACAGAAUCAGUUUUAACACAGAAUGUUAAUAAAUUUUAUAAAUAAGAUUGAAAGAGAAAA